ACUUACAGAAUCUGCACGAAAUGUGCAAAUGGAACUAUAUCGUAAUAUUAUUUUAUUUAGUGCCCCGUGGAUACGGUCUCAAAAACAAUGAUUCCUUGGAGAUGCAGUUAUUUACGAUGUUCUUCAAACAAAUCGACUCUCUGGUACUAGAAUUAGAAGCACACCAAAAAUCCCUCUUCAUUCAUCAGCAAUCAUGUACCAAUGGUUCGAUUCAAGUAGAAGACUCGGCCAAAACUGUGAGUCAAGGCUUAAAUAAUCAGGGUGAUGGAUCUUCUCUACUGCAGGGCACAAAAAAGCAGUUCAUGCUUUUGAAGCAAAUGCUGGAAACCGACUGUCCGAAUGAAAUGUAUCAUCAUUUCCAAAUGAUCCGCUCUUAUGGCCGCUUUGUCGGUCUUGGCCGCCAUGUCGGUUCUGGCCGCUUUGUCGGUAUUGGCGUUUUCGCCGGAAGAUUUGGAAGAAGAAGAAGACGUUACACAUCCUAUAUACCUUCUCGACCUUCCUAUAUACCUUAUAUAUAUCCAUGUUGUCCUUAUUACCCUCCCUAUCCCUAUCCAUCUUUUCCUCCUCCUCCACCUCCUCCUCCUCCUCCACCUCCUCCUCCUUCUCGUCCCCGUCCACGUCCACCACCACCACCUCCACCUCCGCCGCCUCCACCUCCGCCGCCUCCACCUCCGCCACCGCCACCACCUCUGAAUCCACCACCGCCACCACCUCCACCACCUCCUCCUCCUUCAGGUAAACGUCCCAGACGGGUUACAGAUGGUUUACCAACCAAGGAGGAGCUAAUAAUACAAUAUAAUCAAAAUCGACUUGAAGAAUAUUAUAGGAAGAUACAGACUACCAACCGUGUCGCAUACCCCACACCUUGCAUUCCUUUAAAUCAAUAUUAUACGACUGGAAAUGGGAAAAUUACUUUGAUGCUGAAUUGCACAAUUGGUAACCAAACAAACAUCAUAGUUCCUUUACCAACCAAUGGAACAUAUCCAACCACCCCAGUGAGCACUGCUGGACAUGAGCAGAUGCCAAUCCUCAAUCCGUGUGUCUAUCCAUCUCCAAAUAAAGGAUAUCCGUGUCAUCCCCAAAAUCCAUGGUAUCCACCAUGGAAACCCAUUGGUGGACCACUUUUGAUUGCGCCAAACCAAGUCACAACAUUGCCAUUAUUUCCCCCAUAUCAACUUACAGGACAGCCCGCACAGCCAGUUUGGGGUCCACCUGGAAAUCUGUUUCCCCCAAAUUCACAAUGGCCUGACACAGAAGAAAAACAUCAAAUUUCACCUGGAAGUUUUUAUCUCUUACCCUCAAUUCAUGGAUGGCCUGCACCACCAGGAUCACUUCCACCUCCAGUUUGGCAUCCACCUAGAACUAUUCCAUCCCCAUCUUCAAAUUCAGGAUGGCCUCCACCCCCUGGAUCAGUGAUACCCCCAAAUCCACAUCAAGGACAACGUGAACCUCUAGUUUGGCUUCCACCUGGAUUGCCUGCACCACCAGGAUCAGUGAUACCCCCAAACCCAGUUCCAGAACAACCUGAACCUCCAGUUUGGCAUUCACCUGGAACUCUUCCUUCAUCACCCCCAAAUUCUGGAUUGCCUGCACCACCAGGAUCAGUGAUACCCCCAAAACCACUUCCAGGACAACCUGAACCUCCAGUUUGGCAUUCACCUGGAACUCUUCCUUCAUCACCCCCAAAUUCUGGAUUGCCUGCACCACCAGGAUCAGUGAUACCCCCAAACCCACUUCCAGGACAACCUGAACCUCCAGUUUGGCAACCACCUGGAACUCUUCUUACCUCACCCCCAAUUUCAGAAUGGCCUGCACCACCAGGAUCAGUUAUACCUACCAAUCCACUUCCAGGACAACCUGAACCUCUAGUUUGGCAUCCACCUGGAAUUCUUCAACCCUCACCCCCAAUUUCUGAAUGGCCUGCACCACCAGGAUCAGUGAUACCUACCAAUCCACUUCCAGGACAACCUGAACCUCUAGUUUGGCUUCCACCUGGAACUCUUCUUCUCUCACCCCCAAUUUCAGCAUGGCCUGCACCACCAGGAUCAGUGAUACCUACCAAUCCACUUCCAGGGCAACCACAACCUCUAGUUUGGCAUCCACCUGGAAUUCUUCCUUCCCCACCUUCAAUUCCAGGAUUGCCAGUACGACCAGGACCAGUGAUACCCCCAAAUCCACUUCCAGGACUAUCCGCACCAGCUGUUUCUGAUCCACCUGGAACUCCUCUUUCUCCACCCCCCAGUGCACAAUUGCCUCCAUCUGGAUCAGGAUUGCGCCCACUUGGAAUUACAAAUUGCAUACCAUCAGUUCCACGUAACCACGGCAAUAAAAAUGAAGUUUCCUCGGUGCUUAAAGAAAUGGAGGACAUACUUUUGCGAUUAGAAACUAACCAAAAAUCCUUUCGGAUUUAUCAGCAGUCAUGUAACGAAAGCUUUCUUCAAUUACAAGGUGGGGGAGUUGGCUCUAAUUUUCAGACUAAUGGCUCUUUACUACUACAGAAUGCACAAAAGUACUUCAAGUUAUUAAAGCAAAUUUUUGAAGCUAGCUGUAAAGCCGGAAUAAAUAUAAAUGUCAAAAGUAUGCGAUCGCCAUAUUAUCCAACUGGACAUUUUGCUUAUAUACCUGUAGAAUGUACCCCACCUGCUCCUGCCUAUCCACCUUGUGUACAAUAUAUAUGGUACCCUGAUCCAUACCCGGUGUAUUGGGGUGCACCCGAAGGACAACCAUUAGAUGGAUAUCCACCAGGACCGCAUGUUCCCCCUCCAGAAGUACCUGCACAAACAGAAUGGAUUCCACCUCAAGGACCAACAUAUGGCCCACCAGCACCAGAUGGAUAUCCACCAGGACCGCCAAUUCCCCCUCCAGGAGUACCACCACCAACACCAACAUGCUGGAAUCCACCUCAAGGACCAACAUAUGGCCCACCAUCACCAGAUGGAUAUCCACCAGGACCGCCAAUUCCCCCUCCAGGAGUACCACCACCAUCACCCAUAUGCUGGAGUCCACCUCAAGGACCAACAUAUGGCCCAACAGCACCAGAUGGAUAUCCACCAGUACCGCCAGUUCCCCCUCCAGAAUUACCUGCACCAACACCAACAUGCUGGAAUCCACCUCAAGGACCAACACAAGGUCCACCAGCACCAAUUUUAUAUCCACCAGGACCGCCAAUUCCCCCUCCAGGAGUACCACCACCAUCACCAACAUGCUGGAGUCCACCUCAAGGACCAACAUAUGGCCCACCAUCACCAGAUGGAAAUCCACCAGGACCGCCAAUUCCCCCUCCAGGAGUACCACCACCAUCACCCAUAUGCUGGAGUCCACCUCAAGGACCAACAUAUGGCCCAACAGCACCAGAUGGAUAUCCACCAGUACCGCCAGUUCCCCCUCCAGAAUUACCUGCACCAACACCAACAUGCUGGAAUCCACCUCAAGGACCAACACAAGGUCCACCAGCACCAAUUUUAUAUCCACCAGGACCGCCAAUUCCCCCUCCAGGAGUACCACCACCAUCACCCAUAUGCUGGAGUCCACCUCAAGGACCAACAUAUGGCCCAACAGCACCAGAUGGAUAUCCACCGGUACCGCCAGUUCCCCCUCCAGAAUUACCUGCACCAACACCAACAUGCUGGAAUCCACCUCAAGGACCAACACAAGGUCCACCAGCACCAAUUUUAUAUCCACCAGUACCGCCAGUUCCCCCUCCAGAAUUACCUUCACCAACACCAACGUGCUGGAAUCCACCUGAAGGACCAACACAAGGUCCACCAGCACCAAUUGUAUAUCCUCCAGGACCGCCAAUUCCCCCUCCAGAGGUACCACCACCACCACCAAAAGACUGGAAUCCACCUCAAGGACCAACACAAGGUCCACCAGCACCAAUUGUAUAUCCACCAGGACCGCCAAUUCCCCCUCCAGAGGUACCACCACCACCACCAAAAGACUGGAAUCCACCUCAAGGACCAACACAAGGUCCACCAGCACCAGUUGUAUAUACACCAGGACCGCCAAUUCCCCCUCCAGAGGUACCACCACAUCAACCAGUUGGGAGUCCUCCAAAAGGACAAAAAGGGUGGAAUCCCACUGGCGUGCAGAAUCUUAAUAUAAAUAUUGUUCAAAUUAAUAAGGACCAAACUAAGGGAUCCAAACAGAAACUGCACGAAAUGUGCAAAUGGCACUACAUCGUAAUAUUAUUUUAUUUAGUGCCACGUGGACACGGUCUUAAAAACAAUGAUUCCUUGAAGAAAUUAUUUACGAAGUUCUUCAAACAAAUCGACUUUCUGGUACUGGAAUUAGAAGCACACCAAAAAUCCCUCAUCAUUCAUCAGCAGUUAUGUACCAAUGGUUCGAUUCAAGUAGAAGACUCGGCCAAAACUGUGAGUCAAGGCUUGAAUAAUCAGGGUGAUGGAUCUUCCCUACUGCAGAGCACAAAAAAGCAGUUCAUGCUUUUGAAGCAAAUGCUGGAAACCGACUGUCCGAAUGAAAUGUAUCAUCAUUUCCAAAUGAUCCGCUCGUAUAGCCCACAUGCUCAUUUUGCCUAUUUACUACCAUCCUCCUCCUCCUCCUCCUCCUCCUCCUCCUCGUCCUCGUCCUCGUCCACCACCACCACCACCUCCACCUCCACCUCCACCUCCACCUCCACCUCCACCUCCACCUCCACCUCCCCCGCCUCCACCUCCACCGCCUCCGCCACCGCCACCGCCUCCACCUCCACCAACCCAUCAUCAUUCAACUAAACGUCCCAGACGGGUUACAGAUCGUUUACCAACCAAUAGUAUAUAUCCAACCUUCGCAGAGGAGGAGAUAAAAAUGGGAUAUUAUAUAAAACUCCUAGAAGACUAUUAUCGGAUGAUACAGACUACCAACA